AUGCACGUUGCCAAGCGCCGAUCUAACGGCGGCAUUGCCGAUCCAUGUCUAGCUCUGUGUGCGAUCCGGAGCUGCGCGGGCUGGGAAAGCUCUCUUUGCUGCAAGCGUAGGGAGUGGGCGGGGCUGCGACACGCGCGGCCGAGACGCGUGGCUGCUGGCUUUGGCAUCAGGGCCACUUUACGCGACACGCGUCCGACGCGUCCAAAUCCAUUUACACGUCGAGCAGCUUUGCGCUCGCAAGCCGAAAAAAGGGCGGCAGACAACGCACACGCACACAAAGGCAGUCAGGUCAACAUCUGCGUCGCGCGCAAAGAAACACACGGCCAGCGCACGCGCGCCAGCGCACGCGCGCCAGUGAACGAGCGCUCUUUCGCCCAGGUUGGAAUGCAAAGUCGAGAAGAGGCUGAGAGCACGGCGACCGCAUCAACACAGAUCUCGCUCAGCCAGGGCGGCACCAACACUUGUCUCUGCACCUCAUCCUUCUGCGCCCAUCUUGAUCUUGCUCCAUCUACUCGCCUCCCCACCUUCUUCUCACACCCACGCACCAUCGACUGGAUAGAAAAGGCAGCGACGAGUGGAGCGCACAUCUGA